GUGAGAGCGCUAUCAGGUGUUGCAAUGGGUGGAACUUACGCUACUGCAGCUGCAACCUCGCUAGAGGAUGCACCAUUGAAGGCUCGUUCAACGUUAUCUGGAUUGUUCUUCACGGCUUAUCCUUUUGGUAUGGUGUUUGCAGCCAUAUUUUGGAGAGCAUUCCAGGAAACAGACCAUACUUGGAAAGCAUUGUUCUGGUUCUCUGCUGGUAUUCCAUUUGUGUUGAUAAUUUGGAGAUUGCUCUAUCCUGAGACUAUAUACUUUACAGAGCUUUUGAAAGUUAAGAAGUUGAUCAAAGAAGAAGCAAGCAACUCUCCAAAGGUUAGUAAGUGGGCAAAAACAAAGACCAUGUUCUCCAAAUAUUGGUUACUAUUCACAUAUUUGGUCUUGCUCUUAGCCAGCUCCAACUUCUUAACACAUGCUUCUCAGGAUAUGUAUCCGACAAUGCUUAGAUCCCAAUUUGGGUGGUCUAACGAUGCACAGACAGUGGCCAUUGUCGUGACAAACCUGGGUGGAGUCAUAGGUUCGUUGGUUACUGGUAUAGUGAUGGAAGUACUUGGUCGUCGAUUGAGCAUUCUGCUGUGUUGUGUUAUUGGUGGAAGCUUUAUAUACCCAGCUUUGAUGCUUCACACCACAAGUGCAACCUUGGGAUGUGGGUUCUUUAUGAUGUUUGGUGUGCUGGGGGUUUGGGGAGUAAUUCCAGCCCACCUUUCAGAACUAUCACCUCCUGAUGCCCGUGUCUUGGUCUCUGGACUAGCUUAUCAAUUGGGUAACCUUGCAUCUUCUGCCUCCUCAACCAUUGAAACGGAUCUGGCUCAAAGAUGGCCAUUAGAAUGGGACGCUGAAGGUAACGUUAUAAGACUUGACUAUGCAAAGACUAUUGCCGUUUUCACAGGUGCUGUCUUCAUCUAUACCGUUGUAAUUGCACUUGUGGGACCAGAGAAGUACCACAGGGAUUUGAAUUCACCUCUUCUCAAGAAGUACUUUGCAAAGUUGAGAGAGAAUGACGUUGAAAAGGGCUCUUCAAGUGAGUGAAAUGUUCCAUGUAUGAAUAAUUUUCCAACUACGAAUAGUUAUGAAUGAGAUAAUGAAUGAUUUUGAGGCGAAUUUUACAUCAUUUGUAGUUAUAUAUGAGGGACACCAAAGUGGUCAAGAUAUAAACCGUGCAUGGAGAGAGAAAGAAGGGAUAAAUAUAAAUUAGAUAGAAAGACAGGUAGAGGAAAGUGCCAUCAUUCUAGGUUGGCAUACACAGCACUUUCAAUUUGAACCCAAGAGCCUAGAACUUGUG